AUGGCUAACAACGAUGCUUUAGCUGAUGCUAUUAGGCUUCUAGCUGAGAACUUGAACCAAAACCGCAAUGAUAAUCCCGAUCCUGCUGGUGAGAUGUUUAAGAAGCUUGCACAAGUCAAACCACCAUACUUUGAGGGAGGUGGAGACCCAACUUUUCUGGAGAACUGGAUUAGGGAGUUUGAUAAGAUUUUUGCUACUUUGAAUUGUCCUGUGAAUAUGAGAGUGGAUCAAGCUGCCAUGUAUUUGAAGGAAGAGGCAGAUAUUUGGUGGAGGGAUAAUGGAAACGUGAUUCGUUCUGAGGCUAAUUUUGGUUGGGAGACUUUCAAAACCAAACUUAGGGAGAAGUUCUAUCCACCAUUCUUAAGGAAGCAAAAGGCUCAAGAGUUUAUCAAUCUGCAAAUGAACAAUAUGUCGAUUACUGAAUACUAUAACAAGUUUAUGAACUUGUCGAGGUUUGCUCCUGAAGUAGUGCCUACUGAGGAGUUGAAAGCUCAAAGAUUUGAGCAAGGUUUGACUAAGCAGUUACAAAAGGACUUGGCUGGAAAGACUUUUAAGACUCUUGAUAAGGUGUAUGGGAGAGCAGCGCACCUGUACAGCUUGAAUGUCAGGAGUGCACCUGAGAGUGGGAGUGUUGGAGAAAAGCGCAAGUAUUUUGGGAAUUCGAGUGACCAAGGUAACUCCAAGAAGCCAAGGAACGAAAAUUUCCAGAAUAGGAAUGUUCAAAACAAUGGAGGAUCUUCUAGACCUAAUGGCCAAGCUGAGAGGCAUUACAACUGCAAGAGAUGUGGCAAGGAUCAUCCUGGAAAGGAUUGCGAUGGGAACUUGGUUGUGUGUAGAUUCUGUAACAAGAAGGGCCAUAGGGAGUUUGAGUGUUUCUCCAAAUUAAAGCAACAAGGGAAUGGAACAAGUUGA